AUGGAGACAAUGACGGAGUUCUCUGACUCUGGGAGCUUGGCCUCCCAUGAGGAAACGCUUUCCACGAAGCUUGCAGCCAAAAUCAGAGCCGAUCUUGGUGCAGAAACCAUCAGUGUCCAAAGCGCAGAAAGGCUGCAGCUCACGCUUGCUGAGAAGUUCAAGGACUUUGCGAUCCACAUCGCACAGGACACCGCUGGCCAGUUUGGACGGGAUACCAUGUACUACGUGUAUGGACACAGGCGGAUUGCGUGGUCCCUUCUUCAUACGUUGCGGGAGAACAAUGAAGAAGAGCCGGACGACAGUCGCUUCAACUUAUACAAAGAUCCUGAUCUUGACCAAGAGAAAUACUCUCGGACCGAACACUGGGCGCAAGAAAUGGCCAGUAUGGAUGCGACCACAUUCCAAACAUCAUCAGCUGCGGACGACCUACCUCAUGAUGCGGAAGAAUUGGGCAAAGAGCAGGCGGACAAUUCUCAAACACCGGCACACGAGUGCUAUGCCAAGGUUCUCAACAGCUCAGAAGCAUACAAGUGGUUACUGGCAAAUCUGAGGCGAGACAUAUCACUGCGACAGACUGAACCUGACCUUCAAGGUCAAAUCAGGCGACAACUCAUCGAUUCGCUGCCCCGACAAAGGGUCAGUCGGCGCCAUAACCCCCCGGAGUACGACGUGCAGAUCGAAUUGGAGUGGGAUGCACUCGACUUCUUUGAGAGGCAACGGUACAAGCAAUCACCUCACCAGGUUGCUGGUCAAGCGAUCGUCGUUAUUGGCUCAGACCAGGACGCCCAAGCCACGACCUGUGAAAAGUAUCUGAUGCAGACAUGGCCAUCCACCGGAGAAUAUACCAUGCAGUGCUUCGUUGAGUGCCUCCGCAGCAACGUGUCUCGGGUAGCCUUCGUCAAGGUCCCAGGUUCUUCCCUCGAACUGCGAAUCAAAGAUCGCAAAGUGGUCGGCGAGAUACACGGAACUAAGGCUUUCGUGAGUGAAAUCAGUGAGCAACUGGCUUGGCUUGGCGCAGCAUUGCAAGAUAACCCAAAGUCAUCAGAGUCUCUCUGCCACUCGGAGCCGAUUGUCCAGACGCCAAAGCCAACUUCUGAAGCAAGGAACCUGCCACACGACGUCUCUUACAGCUUUCGGGUCAACUACCUGUUCAGAGACUUUGAUCCGGACACCAAGCGCAGCUAUGGUCAAUGUUGGCAUGGUCUCUUUCGCAACGCAGUUGUGGUGCGCGGCUAUCCGAUCCCCGAGCGUUUAGAAGACGACAGGCCUGGAUUUGGACUUGAAAUCACAUUGCCGAUGAUGGCUAGCCUGACAAAAGCACAGUUCUUGAAUUCGUUCCAUAAGACGCCCAUGAUCAAAGGCUUUAGUACUCUGUUAUAUCCGACACGGCAGAAACACGCUUCCACGACCUGGCAUCUCAUCUACAACGUCGACGCGAGAUAUAUGUCGUUUGCGAGGGGAUUGUCGUGUUUUGCGCCUUCCUUGGAUCUGAUGCGGCUUGUUCAACCUGGCCACCGCCAUUUUCUCGGGUGGUGCAGAGACGCACGGCUCUUCGCAGGGGCUUUUGACGCAGAAUACUCGGUUGAGUUCUCAUUGCUUCCGGAAGCCCAUGAGGAUUGCCUUCUCUAUGAAACAGCCGUGGUGCACGGCAGAUUCCUUGAAGUAGAAUCACUCCAGACUGGUGCCAAAGACACCCCGGCCUGGGUCAGCCGCCUCGGCGAAGACGAACAUCGACGACGCUUGCAGUGGCUGCAAAGUCAAAAAGUGGUCUUCUGGGAUGAGCAAGACAAAAGAGGCUGGCUUGUCGACGGCGUCAGUGCUUUACUGCACCUCCUCCGCGCCUGGAUCGAACAUGAGAGAGCCAGCGACUUUGGUUCAUACUUUCUCCUGGAGCCCGGAUGUUUCAUCGAGGCCAAAAUUCCCUAUUUGGCAAAGUCCGCCGUCGAUCUUCUCAUGCAUAAGAAGAAUUUAGAGCUGCCACUCUAUCAAAACGAGAAGAGUACCUUCCAGGACCAGGUCGACCGUUUCUGCAACAUCAUAGAGCAAAUGAUCGCGUACCACGAGGCAAACAGCCAUCAAUGCACCCCGGCCCCCACAGAGCGCACCAACGAGCGAGCACGCCGAUUCUUGGAAGGUUGGGAUUUCUCCGAGUUCGUGGAAGGCAACGAUCCUCUAGUGCCCCGCGUUGCGACGCUUCCCAUGGAAGGGAGGCAUUGGAUGGAUUUCCAACAAAGUACAAGUGGAGUAGUCUUCCUGGGAAGAGGCUUUGGAGACCUGAUCCAGCAUCGAGAACCACCUCAAAACCUGGGCUUCGGUGAGAUGGUGAGUUCAUGCCGUUGGGCCCAAGUCCCGCGGCACUCUUACUAUCUUACGGCUCUGGUCCGUGACAUCCAAGGUCUGGUUCAAGUGCUUGAUGUAAAAGCGGGGACAUACACGACUCACGUCGGAUCGAUGCUUGUUUGGCACAAUCCCAGCAGGAAGGUUUUUGAACCUUGCCACUGUUCAGACCCCAGAUCAAGUGACACUUGCGCGAACCAUCCAGAGCAUGAUGAUUACGUUCAAGUCUUGCUGCCAAGAGGUAUCUCGGAGGAUUUCCCGCUCACUGAACUCAUAAAAAAACCUUCAGGCCACAAUGGAGCUAUCAUUAUCGGACACAGCCGAACUUUCAGCUGGAUUUUCGAAGACUUCGGGAAUCCCAAACGAGGGGAUCCGCACACGGCGGGAGAGUCCCCGUACGUCCGCGCCCCUCGGUCUGACAGCGGGUACUCAUCUCUGGCCGAGGCCUCCAGCAGCGAAAGGGCGAUCGAGCCAGAGAUUGGCAUUGUUUGUGCCUUACCAAAGGAACUCAAGGCCGUCUGGACACUCCUCGAUUGCUUUUACGAGCAAGGCAAUGCCUCGAACAGGAUCGUCCUAGGCCAUCUGGGGGGUUUCAGUGUUGCCAUGGCUGUUCUGCCAUUUGGAGACUAUGGCACCAACGUAGCUGCAUUUGCUGCUGGGCGUCUAGCACAAAGCUUUCCCGACUUGCGAUUCACACUGCUCGUCGGAAUCGGUGGCGGUAUCCCUUCAAGCCACACCGAUAUCCGUCUUGGGGACGUCGCGGUUGGUCUAUCACCGAACCCCAACUACGACGGAGUCGUCCAGUAUCGUGCAGGCAAGAUCCGGAACGGCGUCUUCGAGAUCAAACGUCAGUCUUUACGGCCGCCUCCGAUUGAUGUGAAGAAGGUAGUCGGUAUAAUGGUGUCUCACCCGACUCCCCCGGCCCAACCGCUUCUCCCGCACAUAAAUCAGAUCGUGGAGAAAUACUGUGAAUACAGAAGUCCAGGAAACGAGAAAGAUAUCUUGUUUGAGGCCAAUUACGAUCCGACGAACAAUUGCGAUACUUCUCCUCAGAACUGUCGUUGUCCACAAGUGCAGGAUAGGCCCCCACGGUCGUCGCCAGGGCCAAAAAUCCAUUACGGGACGAUAGCAUCUGGAGACCUGGUGAUCAAGGACGCUUCGGACCGGGAUGCACUUGCAAGCCAGUACAAUGCGAUCUGCAUAGAGAUGGAGGCGGCCGGAAUCGCGACGGAGAUGGACUGCUUGGUGAUCAGAGGAAUCUGCGACUAUGCCGACGGCCACAAGUCCGAUGUCUGGCAGGAGUACGCGGCAGCCACGGCGGCGGCCUACGCCAAGUAUCUACUUACGCAGAUGAGAGGGGCCACUUCGGCGCGAAGGGGGAAGCGUGCUCGAUCUGUUGAGGCUCUAUCUCCAGGGCCGCCACGAUCGAGACGUAAUCGAGAGCGUGAGCCUGCAGGUGUUGGCUCUAAGUAGACUGUUCAAGGUGCCUCUCUUUUCUUUUCACUGGACUCGGUAUGUGCAGUGAACCACAUUCAUCUGCACAUUGGCUUGCGUUGACGCAAUUUGUUGCAAUUUCGUGCGAUGGUGUAUCGAU